AUUAGUUUGGUCGUCAGCACCGACUAUUUCGUGUCCACGCUAUUACUAGAAAACGAAACUAUCUCCACAAAGUUGCUCUCUUCUCAUAUAGUUGAGCGUAAUAUUCAGAGGCAGAUCCACGCCUGUCAUCUUCCCGAGUGGGCCAUUAGACAAACUCUUGGUCCCCAAACAGAGCUGAUGAAAGUGUAGAGUACUGUAGCUCCCCCAGUCGUAGCAAAUCCAUCUAGAAAGUUUCUCUCCUCCAUCAGAAAUCAUGAGCGCGAAUCCAAGUCCCUACAGCGUUGAGUCCCUCUUCCGAGUCGAUGGCCUUGUUGCUGUCAUCACUGGUGGAGGCUCUGGUCUAGGCAGAAUCACAGCCCACGCCCUGGCCGUUAACGGAGCCAAGGCCGUCUAUGUCCUUGGACGACGAGAGGACUCCUUGGCGGCCACGAGAGAUACAUGUCCAAAGCCAGAGGCCAUCCGACCUAUUGUCUGCGAUGUCACCUCCAAGGAUUCUUUGAAAGCAGCUGCCGAUCGAGUUCGCAGAGAGCUAGGUUACUGCGAUGUCGUCUUCGCCAACAGCGGGCUCAUCACUGCUGACAGUUCAGACAUCAUAAAGAAUGUCAACACCCUUGAUCUUAAGGCGCUUCAAGAGGGACUCUGGGCACACAGCAUGGAAGAAUUUACGCAGUCUUUUCACGUCCACGUCACGGCUGUUCUCUACACCGUCCUCGCGUUCCUGGAUCUCCUCGACGAGGGAAACAAGAGAGCGGUGGUUCCCCAAAAAUCUCAAGUCAUCGUCACAGCUUCUGUUGCAACCUAUGCGCGUCUGCCUAAAGCUGGAUUUGCCUACGGUAGCAGCAAAGCGGCAGCAGCACAGCUAAGCAAGCAACUUGCAACGCUACUAGCACCACACAAGAUCAGAGUCAACUCCAUCGCACCAGGGCUGUAUCCGAGCGAAAUGACCGACCGAGACAUCAAAGCUUCUACCAAAGAGGUUCGAGAGGAGGGCAGUUUGCCGGGGACUUUUCAAGGCGGGAGGAUACGUGGAUGGAAGCGUGCUGUUGACCGAUGGAGGUCGACUGAGCAUCACAACGUCGACAUACUGAAUGGAGAUGGACUGCAGCGUUAGAUGGUUGUAGAAUAUAUGCUGGCAAAAUCAUCGUGUGCAAAAAAAAAAAAAUCAAUAGUGCGAUGCGACCUUCUGUGCAG